CGGUAGUAAAGGCUUUUAUUGUGAAAACCCGAGCGGCGCGGAAGUUGACAGUUAGCAUCUCCCGUAGCUACAGCAGUGAGUGUGUGUCUGUGUGUGUGUGUGUAUGUGUGUGUCCCGGUGUGAAGAUGUUACCUUUAUCGGUUAAAGACGACGAGUACAAACCGGCCAAGUUCAGCCUGCUACUGAAGCUCUCAGGAUGGUUCAGGUCGAUCCUCGCGGACAAAACGUCCCGGAAUCUGUUCUUCUUCCUCUGCCUCAACCUGUCGUUCGCCUUCGUGGAGCUGACCUACGGUAUCUGGAGCAACAGUCUAGGUCUGAUCUCAGACUCGUUCCACAUGUUCUUCGACUGCACCGCUCUGCUGGCCGGCCUGGCAGCCUCCGUCAUCUCCCGCUGGAGGUCCAACGACAGCUUCUCCUACGGUUAUGUCCGAGCAGAAGUUCUGGCCGGCUUCGUCAACGGACUCUUCCUCAUCUUCACAGCCUUCUUCAUCUUCUCUGAAGGAGUUGAGAGAGCUCUGGAGCCUCCAGAUGUUCACCAUGACCGGCUGCUUCCUGUGUCUAUAGCCGGUCUGCUGGUCAACCUGGUCGGGAUCUUCGUGUUCCAGCACGGAGGCCACGGCCACUCUCACGGAGAGGAAGGUCACGGCCACAGCCACUCUCUGUUUAACGGCAGCGCCAACCACGGACACAGUCACGGAGGACACCAGAGCAAACACGAGGGACAUGGACACAGCCAUGAGGGACAUGGACACAGCCAUGGGGGCCACGACGAGCCUCCCUGUCCCGACGAGCUGCUGCACACUCCGGGGAAAGGAGCCAGCAAACAGAUCCUGCAGGGUGUGUUGCUCCACAUCAUUGCUGAUACUCUGGGCAGUGUGGGUGUGAUCAUCUCUGCUCUGCUGAUGCAGAAAUACGACCUGAUGAUCGCUGACCCCAUCUGCUCCAUGCUCAUCUCCCUGCUCAUCGGAGUCAGCGUGGUGCCGUUACUGAGAGAGUCCAUCGGCAUCCUGAUGCAGAGGACGCCCCCAUCCCUGGACCACGCCCUGCCCGAGUGUUACCAGAGGGUGCAGCAGCUGCAGGGCGUUUAUAACCUGCAGGACCCUCACUUCUGGACUCUGUGUUCGGACGUUUACAUCGGGACGCUGAAGCUGCUGGUUGCCCCCGACGCCGACACCCGCUGGGUCCUCAGCCAGACACACCAUAUCUUCACACAGGCUGGUGUUCGACAGCUGUACGUUCAGAUCGACACGGCGGCAAUGUAGAGGCUCCGCCUCUGAACCCCGGGGACCAAUCACAUUCAGUCUGCUGCAGGUGACCUCUGACCCCCCCAGAGUCCCUACAGGACGGACUAAGAACUGUACUGAUCUCCCAUGAUGCACCAGUCCAACUCAAACAGACCACACCCCUUUUUUUUUAUAAAUAUAAACUUACCUGUAUUAUCGGGCAGGUAAGUUUAUGUCGUGAUGACCCCUCCUGGCUGCACUUUGUAGACUUGAGCAAAGCAUUCUGGGUAAGUGCCUUCAUCAUGAAUCAGAGACAAUCUGAGCCCCCCCCCCCUCUCUGACAUCACACAUGGUGAUGUCAGUGUUUUUAACGUGCCAAACCAUGUGACCAAACUGUAAUAAUAAAUCAUUGUUUCUGAUUACU